AACAUGCACUUUCAUUUCAUUCAACAUCUCGCUUUGUUUUCAAUCGGUCGCGCAAGUGUACGAGGUAAUCUUUUCGCGAAGGGUGGAAACAAGGCGUACCGGAUGAGCUGAUAGUAUAGUGGACCAAGCCUACAUACAGCCGCAGUCGAUGCGGCCACAUCUACCAAAGCAAUAACGAGCUAUUCUAGCACAAUCUACCAACGCAACACCAAAUUAUCCCCAACCAUUAACUACAAUGUGUUCAACAUGUACAGACUUCCAAAAGAAAUUUAUUUCGCUCGGCUGCUCAGCAUUCCUGAUACUGCUAGCAAUUGCAUUAGGCGUCUUAUGGCCAUCCAUGUCUGAUCAGGUGCUGCAUAAUAAACUUGUAAUCAAAAAUGGGUCGUCAAACUAUGACAACUGGAUCAGAACACCGAUACCGAUGUACCUGGAAGUGUAUUUCUUUAACUGGACCAAUCCGGAUGCAGUACAGACGAAUCAAAGUGUAAAACCAAACUUUGUCGAAAUGGGACCGUACACCUUUUCCGAGGUUCACGAACGGGUCAAUCUUGUAUGGAAUGAUAACGGCACGGUUACGUAUGAUCAGCGCCGGAUCUGGCAUUUUGUACCGGAACUAUCGAAAGGUACACUGGAUGAUGAAGUUACAAAUUUAAAUGUUAUCACAUUGAAUGCGGCUCAUUUUUUGCGCAAUACAUACCCUUUGCUUAAACCGUUCAUCGAUAUAUUCCUCAAAACGGAAGGUUCUCUGUUGUGGAAAAACAAACCUGUACGCGAACUGCUAUUUGAAGGUGUUAAAGAUCCACUAUUGGAUCUGUUGAAAACUCUCAAUACUACGACACUAAACAUACCUUUUGACAAAUUUGGAUGGUUCGUUGGGCGCAAUCUGAGCGAUACCUUCGAUGGAACGUUUACAAUGAAAACAGGUGCUGAUGGUUUGGAGGAAAUGGGCUUUCUAACCCAGUGGAACGGUUCCCCAAGAACGGGCAUGUACCGGGGUAAGUGUGGCGAAGUCUAUGGUACCUCUGGUGAACUUUGGCCCGCUCGUAGUACCAUUCCCCCGAACAUCACACUCUUCCCAUCGGACAUCUGCCGUUCUAUAACGCUGCAAAGCGCAGAGGAAGUCUCACUGUACAAUGUACAGGGCAUGAAGUAUGUCGGUGACGAUCGUGUCUUCGAUAAUGGGGUGAAAUAUCCCGAAGCAAGCUGCUGGUGCAAUACCAAUCCUACCCAGUGUCCUGAUUUGAAACCUGGUGUGUUUAAUGCUUCUGCAUGCAAAUACGGUUCACCAACGUUUGUCUCCUUUCCACACUUUUAUCUGGCUGAUGAAAGCUAUCAAAAUGCGGUAACUGGACUGAAACCGAACCAAACGGAGCACGAGUUCUAUAUGGCUAUCGAGCCAAAAACCGGUAUACCAUUAGAUGUUCGUGCCCAGCUGCAAAUCAACGAACACCUACAGCCGAUAAGUGGAUUCAGCUUCUACAAGCAUGUACCGGAUGUAAUGAUACCGAUGUUAUGGUUCCGUCAGCGUGCUACCCUUACGCAAGAGCUUGCUGAACAAGCAAAGUUGGCGCUCGCAUUACCGUCGCUGGGGAUCUACGUGUGUAUCUUCUUUGGUUCCAUUGGUACUAUUAUGACAAUUGUGUUCCUAUUCUGCAGUAUCAAAAAAUGGUCCCAAAGCACGGAAGCAGUUCCGUACGAAGAGCUGCAAAAUUAGAAGAAACUUUCUAACCGUACAUCAAUAUCGUAAAUAAUCGAUAAAGAUAAUAUCCUGCAAAGUGCCUUAAAGUGAUUGACAAAACGGGCAUUCCCAAAGAAGAAGAACGCAAAGAUAGUUUAACAUUAUAUGUAUUAUCGUUUUUUUUUUUUUCAUUUGUUGCGCAUUAACAAUCUUUUGCCAUCAGGAUGAGUUAUUAUGUUCGUGCUUUUUUAUCACAAUUUCUUGCCUUCCCUUUAUUCAGUGCUUAAGAAAUUCAAGUGCCAAAAGAACGUCAUGUAAGAAAAGAUGUUCCAGGUGUUAGAGAUUAUUUGUUUCGCAUUCCGUCUGAGUUCGCUUGCAUACUAAUAUUAGGUUAGAUACUAUACGUACUAGUGACUUUAUAAUUGUACCAAACUUGCUCAAUCAUUAUAAAAGCACGAUUUGUUACCACUGGGAAUUUUUUGCAAAGUAAUUUCGACUGAGAGAACAAACAAACACGUGAUGUAAAGAUUAUCAAUCAUUUAGGACUAGUUUGUUUAGAAUGUGAAGGUAGUGACUACCAAAUUAUAGAAGACCCGAGAGAUCAAGUGAGAAAUUGUAUUUUACAGCAAUAUUCUUAAGAGAUAUUUUUACUUGGUGAAUGUAUGUUACUUUCAUGUAUGUUGAAAGCGAAUAAACUUGAUGAUAUGUUUAUUGUAAUAA